AUUGUACCAUAUGUUUACUCAUGAAAAUUUUGUCGACAUUUGAAAACAGCUCAACACAGUUUGAAUACACUCUCCAAUAAAAUAAGCUUCCUUUGUCUCUGUCUUUCUUCUCUCUUAAUAACCAGCUAGCUCUAUUCGCCUCUCUCUAUCGCUUCUAGCUGUAGAACAACAACAACAACAACAUAUUCCAAAAACCUCUCUCUCCUUUUCUCCUUCUUCAUCACCCUAUAUUUUCUGCACCACUUAGAUUAACCAUGGCUUCUUCUCAAAUGGGGUUUCUCUUCUUUUGUUCUAUGCUUCUUCUUUUCACUUCAGCUUCAUCUAGAAAUUUACCUAUUAUAGCUUUUGAUGAAGGGUGCACACCCUUGUUUGGUGAUAACAACGUAUUUGUUCAUAAAGAUGGCAAAUCGGUUCAUCUUUCAUUAGAUGAAAGAACAGGUUCUGGAUUUGUGUCUCAUGAUCUUUAUCUUCAUGGGUAUUUCAGUGCUUCCAUUAAGUUACCUGCUGAUUACACUGCUGGAGUUGUGGUUGCUUUUUAUAUGUCAAAUGGUGACAUGUAUGAGAAGAACCAUGAUGAAAUAGACUUUGAGUUUUUGGGAAACAUUAGAGGUAAAGACUGGAGAAUUCAGACCAAUGUUUAUGGCAAUGGAAGUACCAAUAUUGGCAGAGAGGAAAGAUAUGGUCUCUGGUUUGAUCCUGCUGAGGAUUUUCAUCAGUAUAGUAUUCUCUGGACAGAUUCUCAUAUCAUAUUUUAUGUCGAUAACAUUCCCAUUAGAGAAGUUACGCGAACAAAAUCUAUGGGAGGAGAUUUCCCCUCUAAGCCUAUGACACUCUACGCGACAAUAUGGGAUGCAUCAGAUUGGGCUACCAAUGGGGGAAAGUACAGAGUAAAUUACAAGUAUGCACCAUACGUUGCCAAAUUCUCCGACCUUGUCCUACAUGGUUGUGCAGUCGAUCCGAUCGAGCACGUAGCCAACUGUGACACUGCUCAAAGUUCCGAAGCUAUUCCUUCUGGUGUUACACCAGUACAAAGAAUCAAAAUGGAGAAUUUCAGAAAGAAGCACAUGCAAUACUCCUACUGUUAUGACAAAAUCAGAUACACCAAAGCCCCUCCAUCAGAGUGCGUGAUCAAUCCACAAGAAGCCGAAAGACUAAGAAAAUUCGACCCUGUCACAUUCGGUAGUGGCAGGCAUCGUCAUGGAAAACGACACCAUCACAGCAAAGGAAACCAAGCUGAAGCUGUUUCAUUUUAAGAAGGUUAAUUCCACACAAAGAUUGUCUUCAUCCUUGAUUCAGUUCGAUUACCACCUGGGUUAUUUUUUGUUUUCCUUUCUUUGUGAUGUAUAGAAAGAGAGGAGCAUAGAAUUCACGACGAGUACGAUAAUUUUGAUAUGGUUCCUUAUGGUGAUGGGGGGUAUGUGUAUAGUUCAUAUCUUUAGGUUCCCAGGUAUUUUUGUUAUUCAUGUCUUGUGCUUCAUUACAAAUUAUUAUUAAAUCUGUUGAUUUAUGUAUUUAGACCAUAUACCUCAGGGUUUUCAAUAAAUUAUUUAGCAUGAAUUAUUAUUUAAUGAA